CAACUAAAGUGCGGGCGCGCACUCUUGGUGCAACUCUAUUGGUUUGCUAGAGAGGUGGUACCAUGUCCUCUAAUUAGCAGAGGUCUGAUGCCCGUAUUCAGACGGAGGCCACCUUAUGAGGAAUGUCUACGGAAAGCAGACUCCUAUUCGACUUGUCUCUCUGCAGACUGCGCGACGACGACGAUGGCAAACCUGCAGAUGAUAGCCAUCAAUACAUUGAUAUCAUUUCUCUGUUGCCAACGGAAAUAGCCGUGCUAGUACUCGAACUGCUAACGUCUAAAGAUUUGUACAGGGUUCAGCAAGUGAGCAAGAUUUGGCGUAGUCUAGCUCAACAUCCACAGCUGCAGCUCAGAAUCCGGGAAUACAAACUGUCGUGCAUGCUAAGAAAGGAAAAUUCUACAUCAGACCGUUUGUGUCGGCGGUUCUCCACUGGAAUGAUCAAUCGUAACCUUGAUAGUCCAUUUGCAUCUCUCCAGGCAGCCAGUCCUACUCUCGAAGAGAAUGCUAUCCGUCCUAGCAGCAGUCAAGGUCAUACCUCCGAGACUCUUUGUUUCAUUGAUAGGUAUGAUGUUGUGUGUCGGACACGUGAGCACUUGGCAAUAGUUCGACCUCAGCCUGUUAGACUAUUUACAAGACAGUGGACACCGACUGAGGGUGAUUCCGAUUUUGUUGUGCCCAUAGGUAGCAAAGCAAGUAAGAGGCGUUUGAAACGGUUCUAAGUAUUUAGAUAUCCUCUAAUGUAAUAUGUUUGCUCAACAUUUGUGUAUAUCACAACUUAGUUUACGACUUUCAUCAAACCAAUUUGAUUUCUGUA